AACCUGCGAGUGACAUAGACUAUUGAUUGGUUCCCGUUUUCUUCCAGGGCUGGGCGAGGGGCGGGGCGCGGCACUCACCUCGCCACCUCCCACCCCGCCCUGCUCACCAUCCAGAUCUAAACCCUAUUUUCCCCUCUCUCUCAAACUCACUCACACUUUCACCAGCACCAAGCCACUCAGAAUAUCCAUGGAUAUAAGCGAAGCCACGAAAGCACACGGAGGUUGUUGGUUUUGAGAGUUUAACGGCCCCAGACAGAGUAAUAAAGACGAAGAGUUUUGAGACGGACGAAGGGCGGUGGAGGGCGGGAGGGCGGCGGCCACGGGGGCAGACGCGUCCUCGUACCAUAACAAACAUGGCGAUCCUCCACAGGGAAAGUUGACCGCAAAUAUGACCCAGUUCGGCGGCAUUACUUCCUGUAGGCACCUUAAAUCCUGAGAGACAGGUGCCAGGGUGAUAGUGGAGUCCAGCAAACGCGAGAAAACAGGCGGAGAUGAAGUCGCCGGCGGGAGGGCAAAUUCAUCUCCUCUGACGGACUUCCUGUGCGAGUGAGCGACCCAGGACUCAUUUUUACUGAGCCACGGUGCUAAGUGGUGAAAAUAUUACCCGGGAGUGCUUUGGAUACGGUGCCGUUGUUUAGCCAGUGGACUAUAACCUGUUGAAAUGACGAGGAAGGGUGAGUCUAUCUUCUUCUUUCCCUAGAUAUAUGAUUUGCUGGGACUACUCGUUUUCCUACUACUACUUGUGGGUCUUUUCCUUCUUUAUUUAAAUCAGUGAAGGCGUGGGAAGACGCGUGGCCCGGUAUUCGCGAGGCGUUGGUAAUGAUGUGCAUUUUGAGGGGUAGGAAAUGUGGCUCUUUAAGGCAGUGAGGGGUGAGCAGGUAUUGAUCCGUGGGUGGCAGUGGAGGGGACAAAAGGCCGCUUGUACACAUGGCAUCCGCUGGCUCCUCUCGUGGAUUCCGGGGGCAGGGCUCUCUCUGGCCUCCCUCUGCGCCCUCUCCGUGUGCUUUAUGGCAUUUUAAGAGGAUUUCCUAGUUGACAUAUAUGGAACCAGUGGCUGAUUUCACUCUUAGACAGUAUAAACAUAGUCUUGGCUGAUGGCUGUGUCUUGGUGAUGUGCUUUUUCUUGUGUUUUGUCUCUUUUUUUUUCUCGCUCUUUUUGUUUAUAUGGUCUGUAAUAAAGUUGUUGAAUUGAAUUGAAAUACGCAAACUUUGUUACUGAAAUGGAUAGUGAAUUAUUUUUCAUGACUUGGACUGAGUGGAUGAAACUUGUAUGAGGUGAAAGCGGCAGGUGAUGGUGGGCGUGGGACCACGGGACCCUGUGUGGGCCCUUGGGGGGGCCUACACCCCGCCUAAAACCCCCGCCGGCCACAGCUUCCUAGAUGUGUUAGGAGAAGAGGCUGGGGGCAGGCCACUAGAUGGGGCCACCCUCACUGUAGCCCUGGAUGUGGUGCAAGCCUGGGCUGUACUCAUCACUGUGGGAUUCACAUUGGUGCUCUUCCUCUUCCUGGCUUUCUGUGUGUGUGCCAGGAAAGAUGACGGUGAGGUCACUGCCUUAAACCUUCAAACCACCUGUGCCCCACGCACCACAUCACCCAGGAAAUCUUGUGUCUUCCUGGGCAGAUAUGACGACUAUGACCUGACACAAGGGAUCACCACUGUCAAGGUCUGCCAUGAUGGAGGGGAAAAUGGGCUGGGCAGUUUUCCUCGCCUCAAUGGGUCCAACAUCCUCAAGGGGAGUGAUGAAGGAUCCCAAGCUUCCAGCAGAUGCACUCUAAAGAGGGAGCUACCAGCCAUCCCUCUUAGUGCACAACCAGACCCACCAGGACCUGAGUGUAAUGUGGAGCGCACCCAGUCCCAGCAUUCUUCAGAUCUGUAUGCUGCCGUGGGAGAUGUAGAUGGUGGUGGUGGUCUAGGAAAGGUCAUUGGAGGGGUCCAGGUGCUCCCAGCUGGUGCCAUUGGGCCUGAUGGUCGGGCUGCCAUCAUCAGGGAUCCCACCCUCACCUCCCCCACUGAGCCCACACCCCCUGCCCCUCACCCAGAGGCUGUCAGUGGUGAGGGGGCAGCAGGUCAUCCCUAUGCCAAAGUAAAGAAGAAUCACCCAUACGCUCAUGUCAAACUACCAAAGAAGGAUCAUCCAUAUGCUAAGGUUAUCCGUGAUGAUUCAGAAGAUCCAGAAACGGAUACUGACAAUUAUGAUGACCCUAAAGCCAUUACCAAAGAAAAGAGUCCUGGAUGGAGCUCAGAGGGUGGGUAUGAACCUGCUCCUCCAGUACCCGAGAAAAGAUUUGACCUGGAGGAGGAAAAGACUCAAGGAGCAGCUACACCUGAUCACAUGAUGAGCUCAUCUGUGACCUCAGCCUCCUCAGAGAAGGGACCAGCCUCCCCCAGGUCACCCCACCUCAGUGCUCGGCCAGCAGCGUCUGGAAGCACCCCCUCACCCACCUCUCCUGCUCCCAGCCAGUCGGCUUCCACUGAGAUCCAGGCUGCCUUGGCCAUCUCAGGGAGAACACCAGCCAAUGAGGAGAUGCCAUACAUGACACCUCCUCUCCAUCAUGCUGGCAUAGAGAUCUCGUCUCAGCAAAACUUCAGUGGAGACUCUCAAGAUUCACGUGGUUAUACGAGCAUCAGUGUGCGGGAGCCUCUGGCAGCUAUCAAGGCACAAACACAAGCUGCCAAUGCUAAUCAAACAACAGGAGGCCAGCCAGGAGAGGGAGAGGGUUAUUACAUGACUGUCUCGGAUGAUUCUGCUGACGAGAUGUAUGCCUGCAUCUAUGAGGGCAACAGAGGAGUGGGCAGUGAGACAUAUGCCCAGAUUGAACCCAGGUCAACACCUCCCCCACCUCCACCUCCAAUGCCCAGCCCACCUCAUGCUCCAUCGACACCUUCACCUCUUUCAACUCGAGGUGAAUCACAGCCUCCUCCUGCACCUCCGAGUGUUGACAGCCUGCGCCAUGUUGUGCACUCCAGACAAGCUUCAUCAAGCAGCGCCGCCAGCACAGUGAUGGGAAGUCCUGGAGCUGAGAAGAGAGGCACUCGCUCACCUUUGCCCCCACUGCCCCAGGGAGACACCAGCAUGUACUCUGGGCACUCACCACAGCCUCCACAUUCUCCACCACGCACUGUUGCCCCUGCAGAGAGACCCACACAGAGGGCACUGGAGGAAAUGUAUGCCAAGGUGAUGAAGAAGCAACGUCCCGGUCAUGCACGUGGAGAUAGCUGUGGUGGUGUUGGUGGUGGGGAGAGUGAUGCAGGCAGUGUUUCCUCCUCCCGCAGAGGAUCAGUAGAUGUUGGAGGAGCCUCCCGCUGGGGUACUCAUGCAUCCUCCCCCCCAACCACUCCUCGCCAGUCAGUCGAUCUUGGAUCCAUGACUCGCAGUCUUGUUGAGACCCGUAAUCAUGAAGUUGUCUCCUCCAUCAGUCGGGCAAAGUCUUAUGAAAAGACUGGAGUCUGGAGCACUCCUGCACAGCAUGCCCAGCCCUCCUUGCCUAACCCUAACUAUGAGACUAUACCUCAAAUACCCCCCACCAACUUUUACUCUGGCUCAGACCCAGGCUAUGAGACUGUCAAAAAUACUGAGCCAGCUUAUGCCAGUGUAGAAAGACCAGAGGAAAACUAUCCUGGAUAUGAGACAGUAAAGCCUACUUCAGACAUAGAAUCUGAACCUGGAUACGAGACUCUCAAGCACCGGGAAUAUGAACCUGGCUAUGAGACAGUCACUGGAGAGACCAAGCAGGCCCCUUCUGAGCCUGGAUAUGAAACAGUUGCUCAUGAGAAGAUCCAAGAGGAUUAUGAACCAGGCUAUGAGACUGUCACACAUUCCAGGCCAGACCCUGGCUAUGAGAUGGUAAAAGGAAAGCCAGGAAGUGAAUUUGGAGAUCCUGGAUAUGAGGAACUGAAGGGAGCAGCCCACCACCCACGAACUAUCUCAGAAAAUGAUCCAAACUAUGAACAGCUCAAAUUCACCAGCCGGAGGUCAAGUGAGGGUGAGGCAGAGCCUGGCUAUGAGGUGGUGAAGAAGGCAGAGGAGACAGAGAGCACCUAUGAACUAAUGCGAGAUUAUGAUACCCAGCACUUCCCCCCAUAUGAGAAGAUAGUACAGCCUGAUGUGGUUCCAGUGCAGCAGGCAGCUGCUCCUGUCUAUGCCACUGUCCAGAAAGGCAUUGAUAAAAAGCCCAAGAGCCCUGAAGAACCUGUGACCAGUCAGCCUUCAACUGCCCUUGAAAGUAACAGUGACAGUUUUCCCUCAGUAUCAUUAGGAGGAACAGAGGCCCUGAUGAGGAUAGGAUCUAAAGAAGAUGAAAAAGAUAUGAUGCUACCUCUUGCUAAGGUGGAAGAGCAGCAAGAGCCUUAUGAGAGAAGAUCACCAGAAGGUAAGAGUCCUAAGGCAUCUCCACCAGGAAUGAAGAGCCCUAAGGGUUCACCCACAUCAUCAGUUACAAGUCACAAAGGAUCUCCUCAAUCCAAAAGUCCUAGAGACUCACCAGUCUCAAAGAAAAGUCCCAAAGGAUCACCACCAUCAGUUAAAAGUCCAACAGGCUCAAUUAAAAGUCCUAAAAGUCCUUCCACACCAAAACCUUUAGUAAGCUCUUCUCCACCAACCAGAAGCCCUCCACUACCAGCUAAAAGUCUUGAGGGUUCUCCCAAGGAAACCAGAAGCCCACUCACUUCAUCACCUCCUGUCAAGAGUCCUACAAGUUCCCCAAAGGAAGUUACAAGUCCUAUUUGUUCUCCAAGACAAGGAAAAGGUCCAGUAAGUUUCCAGCCUUUAGCCAAGAGCCCAAUUAGCUCCAUGGGUGAGAAAGAUUCUAUGGUAGCCUCUGGAGUGGAUGAAAGUUCAGGGGAGGAUUCUCCACCUAUGAUGAGGAGUCCAAGUCCUGAUAUUGAUGUACCACUUGACAGAAAGAGUCCAGUAGCAUUGCCAACAGUGCAAAGUUUCAAAAAGGAGAGUCCACCAAGUGAAAGAGCUCCCAUGACAGCUUCUGGCCUGGAAUCUCCACCAAUGAUGAGGAGUCCUAGUCCAGAUGAUGAUAUUCCACUUGCCAGAAAGAGUCCAACCACUCAGAGUCCUGUCAGAGAGAGUCCUCCCAUGAUGAAGAGUCCAAGCCCUGACAUGGACUUGCCUCCUCCACAAAAAAGUCCAUCUCCACCUCAAGAAGAGAGGGAAUCACCACCCAUGAUGAAGAGUCCAAGCCCUGACAUGGACCUGCCACCUCCUCUCAGAAAGAGUCCAGUUAGCUCUUCCCCUGCACCCAGUGAAGAAGUGCCACCUAUGACUCAAAGUCCAGGCCCUGAUUUCCCCCCACCAGCCUCAAUACCAUCCCCACCACAGAGUCCAGAUAAAGAGACUCCCUCAAAUACAAGGAGCCCAAGUCCAGACAGUGAAGCUGCCUCCCCCAUCAAGGCUAGUCCCAAGCCACCCAGCCCCACAGCUCAAAUCCCGGCAGUUGCAGCAGCAGUCUCUUCAGACUCUAGCUCCCUGUCUGAAACUGGGUCUCCUGUAGUGGGUUUACCACCACCUCCUCCGCUGUUGGCUGAUACAGGUGCAGAAGAUAAAGACACUGACAAACCAUCAGAUGUAACAGAACCUGAUCAAAUCCAGGAAUCUUCUCAGAAUGCAGAUGUUAUAACUAACUUUGGUGGCUGUGAAGGAGCUCAGUUCUCAUCACUCACAAGUGAGAAUAUAGAGGAGUCAGCCCCAACAGUGACUGAAGAAGCAGAGACCUUCCCGGUUCAGCCUGAGGUGCUGGGGUCUGAACGUGAGGGUUCUCCUGUAGCCUUCAGCAGCUUGGGCUCUGAAGACCUUCCAGCUCCUCUUGCAGCAGAUGACACAAUGAAUCAUCCUCAGGAGACUGUUAACCCACUCUAUUUACUAGAUGAGGUCAAUGAUGGUGGCCUUGAAUAUGCACCAUACAAUAUGCAGGAUGCCGCACCCCCUCCUCCUCCUCCUUCAGGACCAUCUAGCCUGUGUAGUGAGCUGCCUCCACCACCACCAAUGGUUAUGGACAUGGAUGAUGUAGAUGCAGUCUUUACCAAUGACCUGCCUCCACCACUCCCUGAGUCAUCCCCCUUUAUGCCCCGCACCAGCACCCUUUGUGACGACACCCCACCACCCCCACUAGUGCCCCCUUCUGAUGUGGAAGGGCUGGAUGAGAUGUUGAAUCUAGCUAACAUGGGCUCCUCUUCCUCUGGCAGCACUGCUGGCCAGCCUGGUAGCCUCCAUGGAAACUCCGAAAAAGACUCAGAUUCACCCCAAGAACCCAGUGUCAUGCUGAUGGAAGGAAAUGUUGCAGGGGAAGAACUUCCCCCUCCUCCCCCUCUUCCAGAGCCUCCAGAACCCUUAGAGGCCAGGGCAGAGAAAGAUUCUGACUCUGAAAUGGACAACUCUAUAUCUUCAGGGUAUGAGGGUGGCUUCACUGCUGGUGGCGUUACUGUCACUGUUAACCCAAUGUCUGAUGUAGAAGAGACCUCAGAGUCCCCAGUCAGUAGCCUGCCUCCUCCACCCCCUCCCCCAGCAUCCAGUGAGACCCCACAUGUAGCACCUCCUUCCCCAGUUGUUGCUGCAGCUGCAGGAGCUAACAGUGCUGGCAGCCAGAGCAGCAGCAGUGGGUCAGGGAGCCAGGACACAGGUAGUGGCAGUGUGGAAAGUGUGGUGACAGUAGAGUGCGUGCCACCCCCCGACAUCCCUGGCCCAUCAGUCCAGCAGGCUUCAGAUACCUCAUCUAGCCCAGAAAACCACAACCUGGAGCAGCAUGAGCAGAUCACGCCUGUCUGAGGCCUCACAGAUGCAGCAGGUGGUGGUGGUAGUGGACCGGGCACAGUUUUGUAGGUACAGUUGCUCAGGACACUCUAGCACUCACACUUCCUACUAGAAUGGGUCAGCUCACUUGUCAUGCGCCAAAGGAGGCCAAUAUCUACUGUAGUUGGGUAGUUGAUAACCCAAGUGUUAGUCACAUUUUCACGUAUUGCAAUCUUGUGGACCAUCUCAAGUUAGGCAACGCUACUAUUAGUGGAAUACUCUGGUAGCUGUUGGCUGUGAAAUAUUGAUAUUAUAUUAGUUCCCUUCUAGCUAGGAAAGAAUUCCUCAGUAGAUUAAGUAAUAUUAAUGGUGUCAUUGAUGUGGGUUUGUCAAUGGUGGCACUUUCCUUGCCAUUCUCUCUGGCAGUACCCUUUAGUUUUAUCUACAUCUUAUAUCUCUGCCAGCAAGCUGCUGCAGGUUUAUACGAAAGUAAUUUUUAUGAUUAUUUUUCUUAAUUACAUCAAACAUUUGUCUAGUGAGUGGGAAGCUGGGUUUGGUAUUCAGAUUUUUACCCUGUAACAGAUUGUAUGUUUGUAUAAGUAGAGGAAAUGAGGCAGUAAAGCACUUGUUUCCUACAACUAGGUAUGGCUGAGUGUAGCAUUAGCAAGGACAACCAUGGUGUGUCUCACAGGACUGUGGCAGUUCCGCCAGCUACCUCGAGUCUGGUGGGCUAAUGAUUCCCCCAUCAAAAAGUUCUGAGUGUCUGUCACCAAAGUUCCUGUUUUUUGCAAAAAGAAGCAGGUGAAAGCUUUAUGGUCUUUACUGUGUGUUCAUUACAUGUAAAGUGGAAAGUUGUAUUUACUAUGGUGUAUGGUUGUAGCCAGUCAGGAGUCACUUCAUUUGACUGCCUUCUGAUUCAAGUUACCCUCAUCAGAAUAUCUGGCAGUAGUUCAUAUUCUAGGUCAGCAUGUAUAAUUCAUUUAACAUUUCUUUAUAGGUGUACAAAUGGUAACAGUGGCAUUUCAAUCAGUAGAGAAGUGUCUGCAGAGCAUCAUGCAGUCAGAUAGUUAUACAAGCUCAAUUGCACCUCACAGUUGUUAUAAUAUUACCUCUCAGUGGUGUUGCAAGACUCAUUAAGAUUACAGUCUCACAGAGGCAGAUUCUUGUUUUAGCUGCACAUGCAAGUAGCCUCUCACCAUUUACUUCUCUUGUUCAAGCACUGAGAGUGGGUGUGAACAGAUGUGUGGCAGAUGUGAGACCCCUUUGCCUUGUAAAACUUAUCCAAAUUUUAUAUAUAUUUUUUGGCCCAAUGGUUUUGUACCAAUCUGCAUUUAUCCAUUAACUUCAGUUUUUAGGAGUUAGCAUGAUUGAGUAUUGAUAGCGAUGAGGUUUAUGAAUGAGGUGAAGUGAAUAUCUUGUACUGUUAUCUUGAAAGUGAGCUCUAUGUCCUGUUUUGACAUAGAUCAAAUCUGAAACAUAUUUUGUCUUACAUCAAUUUAUAGAAGUCAGCAAUCAUACCCUUUGUGCACUGACAAACUAUUUAUUUAUCAGUCUUGUAAUGAAUGCAAGGGAUUAUCUCAGCCAUGGUUUAUAGAUGUAUUUUGUAAGGGAUACAGUGAAACCUUUUACCACAAUAUGUGGUGUUCAGAGCUGGCCACUGAACUUAAAUACAGCUGUAGAGGAAGUAUUUUGCUAUAUAUAAUCAAAUACUGGUACUGUUAAAGUGUAACAAAUACCUUUGGUCCUGAAGCAGGUCCCCCCCCCCCACUCUCUCUCUCUCUCUCUCUCUCUCUCUCUCUCUCUCUCUCUCUCUCUCUCUCUCUCUCUCUCUCUCUCUCUCUCUCUCUCUCUCUCUCUCUCUCUCUCUCUCUCUCUCUCUCUCUCUCUCUCUCUCUCUCUCUCUCUCUCCACCAUGAAGAAAUCCUUUAAUAUAUGUUUUGUAGGACAUCCUGUACACUACUCUUGCAUUUAAUGAGUUGGUGGAAUUAUCUGAUGAUCUCCAUGGAUAACAUCAAACCACACUAUUUAACACUGCCAGAUCACAGAAUGACUUACUUAGCUUCACAACUGACUUGUGUUAUACAAGCUCUGAACCUGCUGAGUUGAGCAGUGUGUGUACCAGUGACAACGAAAGGUGAUUGCCCUUGAAGGUUUCACUGUUGAUGUAGCUUUAGUGUGUGUGUGUGUGUGUGUGCCAAAACUUCAGUGUUGUGACAUAUUAUGGAAUUGGUGUCCAGCAGUUCUAGGGUAUUACAGUCCUCUUACAUGAGUAUUGCCAAUUUUGUAUCUAUGAAGUUAGGCUUUGCAAAAUUUUUUGCGUCCAAAUUCAGGCAGUGAAUAAGGUGGGCUGAGGUUUGUCUUGUAAAGUUGAUACCCUGUUUUCUCUUCUUCUUCUGUGAAUUAUCAUUUUUCCCAUAAAGGAAUUUUUCACUUUGUGUGAGUAACACAAAUUCUUAGAGUACCUGAACAUUUAUUUUCCCUCUUUGUUCGUAAUUUGUGUUUUCAUUAUUUAGUCACCUGAAUCGGGUUUACAUAGUUGUCUCCACGUUGGGUUAGAGGGGUCGGCCGUUUAUUGAAUGAUGUGAAUCUUCUCUCGUACGUUUUGUGAGCUUUACACAAGGUAACAUAAAUGCAAGCUUAAGUGGUUGUGAAGGCUGAGCUGCUUCCAUGUCUAAUUCUCUCUCUCUCUCUCUCUCUCUCUCUCUCUCUCUCUCUCUCUCUCUCUCUCUCUCUCUCUCUCUCUCUCUCUCUCUCUCUCUCUUUCUCUUUCUCUUUCUCUCUCCCCUCCCUGCUAGUGUUUGCAUUAGUACUUGAGUCAGAAGCUUCAGACACACACACACUUACAUGAUGCACAAGGUUAUUAGACAUGGCAUAGACAUGUACUUAGUUUUAAUUUUCUAUUUAUUUAACACUUCAUCCCCUAUGAUUUUUACUGCUGGUGCUAAUGAACGCUGACUAUCGUAGGAGGUCUUGUAAAUAGCUUGAGAUCUGUACAAGUUUUAUUAUUUGAUUACCAUUUUUCAUUGUUGAGGCUUCCUUCUGUCUUGAUAUUACUGAAAUUAUUGCAAUAUAUUCAUAUCUAUGUGCAUAAACUUUGUACAGGUUGAUUAUUUUACUGUUACAGCCUUUAUUUUUCAUAUACAUGCAUAUAUAUAUAUAUAUAUAUAUAUAUAUAUAUAUAUAUAUAUAUAUAUAUAUAUAUAUAUAUAUAUAUAUAUAUAUAUUAUAUGUGUGUGUGUGUAUGCAUAUCUAUAUAUAUUUAUGUAUAUCUCCAGAGAUCACUACAUUUUAUCCUUCCUUCACAUGUACUUAAUAUAUUGCACCUGUAACUAUGUAGCAUCCUCAAAUAAUCAUUAAUAUAUUUGUUUACAAUGCUUACUUCAUCUUAGCUUAAAGUACCAUAAUUCAAUGAGUAUCAGCCAAGUGCUAAACACCUUGGUGACCCCAUGGCUGCCUCUUGACCCUCCACUGCACAGAGAACAUUCAUAAUAGUUAUGUUCAUUGUAGGCAGGAGAGUCUGCUCAUGCUGUUGCCAAUACCUUGGUAUUUUACCUAGAUAGUUUUUUUUUUUUUCUUUCUUUUUUUUUUUCUUUUUUCUACUCUCCUGAAAGCAAUAACUUUUCAAUUACUUAUGUAGUUGUGAAACUCUUUGUCUAUAAUAGUGAAUGCAAUUAUCUAUUACAUAUGUCCAGGUAAAGUGUUAAUGAUUGGUUUGGUUGCCUCAGCAUUGAAGCACUUGAUACUAGUCUAUUCCCAAGGUCACUGAUGGUGCAGAGCCUUGUGCAUUUCUUGUUUAUUCUUUAUUCUUUGCUGUUAUAGUUAUAUUACAUUUUUGUUUUCAUUAUUGUGUUUGCUGUCUUUUCCUUAUAUAUAUAUAUAUAUAUAUAUAUAUAUAUAUAUAUAUAUAUAUAUAUAUAUAUAUAUAUAUAUAUAUAUAUAUAUAUAUAUAUAUAUAUAAAUUUUAUUCCCCUCUGUUAUGUUACAGUUGGUCAGUGUUAAAUACUACAUGGUUUUGUGUCUUGCUGUUGAACUGGCUGUAGAGGUUUUAACAGUCUUAUAAUGCAUUUCUUGUGUGUACCAAAAAAUCACUAUAAGCUCUAUUAUCAAAGAAUUGUGUUAGUCCCAUUACGUUAGUCAUGGUAAGUCUGGAGGAACAGUAUUAUGAAAGUUUUGCCACAUAGAUCAACAGUUUUCUAUACAUAGCAAUAAGAUGAGUUAUGUACUCUUGAGUAUUCAAGUGGCUAGCUUUGAUAUAUUGUCCCUUUCUCUUUAUUAGCUUUCAACAAUAGGCAUUAGGAAUAUAUUCAAGUCUCUUCCUCUUAGAAAUUAAGUGUUCUGUGUUCAUGGUGACUAUUUUGGUACCUAGUGAAUUCCUUUAAGCCUGUGACACUUAACAUUUAUAUGAAGUGCAAGUCACUUUGUUAUUGCCAAGCACAAAGGAGGCUGUCAGGGCAGAGCAGCAACAAUUGUUUCUCGCUUAAUGUAGUGUGAGGGGACAGCUAUUUCUUUGAAAAAAAAGUGAUAAUGGUGAAGUAUUUUGAAGCCUGUAAAAGUAUUUGUAUUAGUAUGAUAUUGUUACUAAUUUAUCACAGAUAUUAUGGAACAAUAUUGUUUAUUGUUUUGUUUUAUGACUUCACACUAUUGAUCAUUAUUUCUGUGGUUACUGCUUGAGUGAUUUGAAGGAUGGUGCUCACAUUUUGGUAAGGAAUUAAGCUAGAAUAUGAUAUUCCCAUAUUUGCAUUCCUGAAGAUCUCAUAUUGCACUUGUUAUGUUGUUCAUCAUUUUUGUUUUAUUAUCAAGUGUACAGUUUUAUAUUCUUUUGGAACAGAUUAUAAUGAGCUAUGUUGAGAAGUAUCCAAAAAAGUUCUGUGACCAUUUAAUCUAAUACUGUCAGGUUACAUCCUUGAGGUUGAAUCCCAGAUAUGAAUUAAGGUAUUUCUAUGAUUUUAAUUUUGAUUUUUUUUUCUUUUCUUUUUUUUUACUCAUAGACUAAGCAAUAACAAUCUGAAUUGCACUCUCAGGCCAGCAAUUAGUUUUUUUUUUUUUUUUUUUUUUUUUUUUUUUUUUUUUUUUUUUUUUUUUUUUUCUCCAAAGCUGUAGGUUAUCUGUCACAAAUAUUGGACAUACAUUUCCAUGAGUUUUACUAGGAAGCUGUAAUAUAUAUUACGUGUAAUGUUAUGUAGUGUCCAGUGUUAAUUUAUGCCCUGUUUGAUUGCUAUGGUCUGAAGUGACAUUAUGUUGGAGACAACAAUAAUAUACUUAGUGUGCAUUAUUCAUUCCGUAGUGUAUUUAUAAACCUGGAGGAGCAAGUUUUUAUAUCCCAAUCAUGUCAUAGAUUUUUUUGUUUUUAUUGUAUCCCUUAAAGAAGAAUUGGUACAUUUGGUUGUCUUCCUAGAGUAGUCACCAAACACCCCUGUAGCCCCUGGGCAGACAUGUGGUGUACAUGAGUCGUAGAACCAGUUCAUCAGGAUGCUCUUGACCAUCAUUCACAGCUCAGCUUUAUGUGUCUGUUCAGCCAUAGUUGUAGGCGGUGGUGGCCGCGGCCCUGGCCUGGCCUUGACCAAGGUGGAUUGGGCCGCUCACCACCAGCCACUCAGUUUUUAUGGUCUGUGAGGUACUUACACAGUAAACAAGGAUUACAUAGAUCAUAA